AACCUGCGCGCUCUUCACUCCGCGCUCUGCACCGCAAACUCCGAAAACAACCAGACCCCGAAACUUAACCCACCGGACGCACCCCGGCGUGAGGCGACCUCGCGCCAGCAUGAAGCUCGCACGGGACAGGAUAUACUGGAGACUUUUCCUGUUUUCCUCGCUUUUGCUCGCGGGGACUUCGGCGCAAGGAGGACAGACGCAGUUCAUCUGCACGAGCGUGCCCAAGGAUAUGGACAUAUGCUCGGCCACGGUGCGCAACAGCGUGCCACCGGUGGCGGCGGGGGACGACCUGAAGACCACCGUUCUGCAGCUGCGCGAGACGGUAUUGCAGCAGAAGGAGACCAUCAUCAACCAGAAAGAGACCAUCCGCGAGCUCACCUCGAAACUCUCGCGCUGCGAGAGCCAGAAUGGCGGGGGCGCGGAGCCCGGGGGCGGCGGGGACGAGCGGGGCGGCCGAAGGAAAGACCCGGCGGGGGGCAGUAAGAACACCAUGGGGGACCACGUGUCCCGCGGCCCAUCCGACACCCUGGCGCAGCUCGCGCAGACUCUGCAGUCGUUGAAGCAGAGGCUGGAGAACCUGGAGCAGUUCAGCCGGAGCAACAGCUCAGGCCAGGCGUCUAGCCUGAAGGACCUCCUGCAGACCAAGAUCGACGAGCUCGAGCGCCAGGUGCUGUCGCGCGUCAACAGCGUGGAGGAGGGCCGGCAGCCUGCGCUGCUGCGCAACCAGACGGCGCAGCGGGGCCGCGUGGAGACCACCCUGACGUCCAUGCACCAGAGGAUCACCGACCUGGAGAAAGGACAGCGAGAGAAUCGGCCGCUGGACAAGUUCCAGCUCACCUUCCCGCUGAGGACCAACUACAUGUACGCCAAGGUGAAGAAGAGCCUGCCGGAGAUGUACGCUCUCACGGUUUGCAUGUGGCUCAAGUCCAACGCGUCCCCAGGCGUGGGCACGCCCUUCUCCUACGCGGUGCCGGGCCAGGCCAACGAGCUGGUGCUGAUCGAGUGGGGCAACAACCCAAUGGAGCUGCUGGUCAACGACAAGGUCGCGAAGCUUCCCUUCAUCAUUAACGACGGCAAGUGGCACCACAUCUGCGUGACGUGGACGACGCGUGACGGGGUGUGGGAGGCGUUCCAGGACGGAGUCAUGAGGGGGAGUGGCGAGAACCUUGCCCCGUAUCAUCCAAUCAAACCGCAGGGAUUACUCAUCCUGGGCCAAGAGCAGGACACGUACGGCGGUGGCUUCGACGCCACUCAGGCCUUCGUGGGCGACCUGGCAAACUUCCACAUUUGGGACCGCAAGCUGUCGGUGGGCGAGAUCUACAACCUGUCCACCUGCAGCAGCAAGGCCCAGGUGGGCAACGUCUUCUCCUGGCUGGAGACCAGCCUGGACGUGUACGGAGGCGCCUCCAAGUGGACCUUCGAAGCCUGCCGCCAGCUCAACUGAACCGGGGCCUGACCCCUCGACUCAACCUCAACUGACCCCAGGACACACACC